AUGCUGGACCUGUACCUCGUCACCUUCAAUGCGGCGCGCAAUCUCGUCGACCCGCAGGCCCUGGCGCCCUCCUUCUUUGACGCGCUCCCCAAGGGAACGCCCGUGCCGGACAUUGUCGCCAUUUCGCUGCAGGAAAUUGCGCCCAUUGCCUAUUCAUUUCUCGGUGGAUCCUAUUUGAAGCCCUACUUCGACCGCCUGACCACGACUGUCCAGCUUGCUGCUGACCUCCACAGCCAGGGCAGCGGCUCCCUCGAGCAUGUGGCCACGCGUAGCCUGGGCAUGACAGCCCUGAUGCUAUUUGCAAAUCCAGCUAUCCUCGAGAGGAUACAAUGGAUACAGUCUGCAGGUGCAGGCGUCGGCUUCUCCAACAUUGGCAACAAGGGGGCUGUUGCGAUGCGCAUCGGCCUGGCCUGUCCCGGCGCCGACGACACCCUUGAUCUCACCUUUGCUGCAGCCCAUCUUGCGCCCAUGGAAAGGAACGUGGAAGCGCGCAACAAGGACUGGGAGAAUCUGGUGCGCAACUUGGUCUUUGUCAAUGGCGACGAGACCGCCUACAGCUCGAGCGAACAAAGACCCCUUCUAGCCGCCUCUUCAGAUGCUCCAGCUGAUCACAACGGUCUUUUUACGCCUGGAAACCACGUCUUCUUUUACGGCGACCUAAACUAUCGCACUAGUGACAGUCCGCCAGACGGUGACGCUCCCAAGUCCUACCCUCAGCCUACCGAGUCAGAGUCAUCAUCCCGACACUUUUCACAUUUGCUAAAACAGGACCAAUUGAUUCGAGAGAAAGACGCCAAGCGCACACUGCAUGGCUUUGAAGAGCUUCCCAUUACCUUCCCGCCUACAUACAAGUACUCCACUUCCAAACACUCUCUAGCCGGUGAGGUUGAAUCGUGGCACUGGUCAAAGCACCGAUAUCCCUCGUGGUGUGACCGAAUUCUCUUUCUACGCGCCGGGUCUGCGUCAGACCUAGAACCCCAGAUCUACACCGCUCUCCCCAUCCAGCCCACGUCAGACCACCGUCCUGUUGCUCUCUCCCUGCGCAUCGACGAAAAGCCCAUCAAAAUGGGCAUCAACGAGGUCUUUUCCCGUGCGCCCUUUGAAAUCAAUCCCCAGUGGAAGGCCAGACGGGAUGCCGCACGACGCUGGGAAGUCAUUGUGGGCGUCAUAUCCUACCUCGCCUUGACUGGUAAGGGCCAGAUCAUCCUCAUCACCUUGCUGGGUGUGAUAGCUGGCGGUCUGUUUUUGGCUGGGGCUUUGGCUAGAUGA